UUCCUCUACUGAAUACCCGUCCAAACCACCAUUCAAUCAUCUCUUAAGCUUACUGUUUAUCACUGUCAUUAGUCUACAAGAACUCAUUCACUUUUUGGUCUCCGAUCAAGUGCAAGCCUAUUCAGGCGUCGAGUGUUAGAUACGUCCAAGUGGGCUGUCUUUAAGGCUUAGAGAUAGGAAGAUCGUGGCAAAAUCUCUGUUGUCUUAUCCUAACCAUCGAACUCCUCCAAAUGAGUCAGAAACAAUUGUCUUUUUCUCAAAACUUUUAGCCAAUCGCAUACUCUCCACUACACCCACUUCCUUGCAUAUAAACUUGCUCGAUCAAAAUGGUUCAGGUUACAUACCUACUCACCUCGAUCCUGCUUGCGGGAAAUGCUUUGGCUUUUCCUCUGGAAGACGAAAUCAUUGACAUCGACCACGCAAGCGAAAUGGCAAAGAAGAAAUCCAAGCCCAUUUCAAAACCUCUCGACCAAAAACUCUUCGACAGACUCGUCUUCAUGGAACAAUACGCAUCAGCCGCCUACUGCAAAUCCCAACAAAGCACCCCAGGAAACCUCGUAACCUGCAAGUCCAAAACAUGCGAUCUCGUCACCGCCGCCAACGCAACAACAGCCAUCGAAUACGAACGAAAGGACCUCUCGACAGACGUAACAGGCUUCGUCGCACUCGACCCAACCAACAAACUCAUCGUCGUCUCAUUCCGCGGCACAAACACAAUCGCAAACUGGAUCACCAACCUCUCCUUCGACCAAGUCGCCACGCACCUGUGUCCCAAAUGCACAGCGCACCGCGGCUUCUGGCAGUCCUGGCUCGACUCCCGCACCGCGAUCCUAACCGCCGUCUACGCGAUCCAAAAGCAGAACCCAAAAUACCAGAUCGUGACAAUGGGCCACUCGCUCGGCGGCGCCAUCGCACAGCUCGCCGCCGCAGACCUCCGCUUCACCUACAAGCUUAAAGUAGAAGCGUACUCGUAUGGCUCGCCGCGCAUCGCGGGCCACGAGCUCAGCGAGUUCAUCACGAAGCAGGGUGAUAACUACCGUGUCACCCACUACAAUGAUAUUGUGCCUGAUGUGCCCAAGAUUGGUAUGGGGUAUGAGCAUGUUAGUCCCGAGUAUCAUAUUGAAGAAGCAACCGGGGUUCCGGUUCUUCCGAAGCACAUUAAUAUUUUUGAAGGGACAAGGAGCUUGGAGGGGAAUGCUAGACACAUGUGGAUGACUGUGAACGCGCAUAUGUGGUAUUUCAAUUGGAUUUCGGCUUGUACCGGGAUGGUUAAGAUGUGA